GGAGCUGCGGGAGGAGGGGGAUUGGGAAGGCACUGGAGGACUGAGGCAGCCGUUCCGGGGAGCCGGCCGGAGGAGGUCCCUAUGUUGACUUGUUGAGAGAAAUAUAAAUAUGGCCUUCUACACUUAUAAAACAGUCUCAGCUAUUGUCCGAGCAAGAUUCCCUACCAGCUCUUCUUCCUCCCCAUCAUUUGCACUUCUUCACUCGCCAGAUUCCCGUUUAAAGAAAACAUAUACAAAGAACUAUGGAAGCAAAUACUCCUAUCCUAGUCAGACAGGCAAUAAAGUACUUCACUUAAGGACUAGAAUAAUACAAAAGCUGCACACAUCUACUUAUUGGCUGCAGGAGGUCCCUGGUAAACCUCAGCUGGAGCAAACCACCAAGAAGCCACAGGUACCAAGCCCUCAGCCAAGAGAAGAGACUGGCAUGAAGAUUAAGGAAGAAAAGCGAUCUUAUAGACAAAUAAUUAUGGAUGAACUCAAAUAUUAUUACAAUGGAUUCUAUUUGCUUUGGAUUGACACCAAAGUUGCUGCCAGAAUGGUUUGGAGGCUGUUGCACGGACAGGUGCUGACCAGACGAGAGAGACGAAGGCUGCUGAGAACGUGUGCGGAUUUAUUCCGCCUGGUCCCAUUCAUGGUGUUCCUCAUUGUCCCCUUCAUGGAAUUCUCAUUGCCAGUGUUUCUGAAACUCUUCCCAGACAUGUUGCCAUCAACUUUUGAAAGCGAAUCCAAAAAGGAAGAAAAACAGAAAAAGAAAAUGGCUGCAAAAUUGGAACUAGCAAAAUUCCUUCAAGAAACGAUUACAGAAAUGGCCAGGAGGAACAGGGCGCAGCUGGGGGACGCCUCCACCCAGUUCUCAUCCUACGUCAAACAGGUCCAGACAGGCCACAAGCCCAGCACAAAGGAAAUAGUUCGUUUUUCCAAACUCUUUGAGGAUCAGCUGACCUUGGAGCACCUUGAUCGACCUCAGCUGGUGGCCCUUUGCAAACUGCUGGAACUGCAGUCCUUUGGAACCAACAAUCUGCUCCGCUUCCAGCUCCUGAUGAAGCUGAAGUCUAUAAAAGCAGAUGAUGAAGUCAUUGCCAAGGAAGGGGUGAGUGCUCUGAGCGUGUCAGAGCUGCAGGCGGCCUGCAGGGCCCGAGGGAUGCGAUCACUGGGUCUCACUGAGGAGCAGCUGAGACAGCAGCUCACAGAGUGGCAGGACCUCCACCUGAAGGAGAAUGUCCCUCCUUCUCUUUUGCUCCUGUCCCGAACCUUCUACCUGAUAGAUGUGAAGCCAAAGCCGAUUGAGAUACCGCUCAGUGGGGAGGCUCCAAAGACGGACAUUCCCAUGGGAUUACCCACAUCCCCUGAAUCUAAAGCGAACACUGUGGGUUUAGCACUUCAGCUGAAGGGAACUAAGGAUGAAGAACUGAUACGGCUGCCGCCUGUUCCAACAUCACCCACAACACCAUCAAAGCCUGUUUCAUUACCUAAAGGAGCCAUCACAUCUGCUAAGGAAGCUGCAGAAUCACAGAAGAUAACCCAGAAUAACAAGGCUAGUUCGAAUGGAGCAUAAGGGACUCAUGGAGGAUGGAGCGCCCUCUCUUCUGGCUUCCUGCCCUCGGCAAUGGCAUCCAUCAGGGACGUCCCAGCUACAACCACCCGUGUCUGGUUUGAGAUAGAAGAUCAGCCGUUUAGUCCUUGGGGCUUUGUAACCACUCAGAUGAUGUCAGCGGCAAGAACAAGUUCAGACCAUUUGGAAAACUAUAAUUUGCAAAGUCCACUUCCUCUGUAGCAGUAGGUUAUCCCACCGGACCUUGUGUAAGGCCCACCCGCCAUGUAGUUUCUGAACAGCUUCAUGUCCUUUAAGGGAGGACAUUUUUUGCAUGAUGGAAUCAGCUUGGUGCCUUAGAUACCUUGUCUCCUCUGGUUUGCUAACCCGGGUGAGAACUUGGGAAACUCCCAAGCCAGUGAUUGUGAGAGUGCCUGACCAACUUUUUCAGAGGGACCCAUGAGUAGGAACCGUGCCCUGGGAACAAAGUACCUUCUGAGACGUAAUGGAUAGAACUCCUCAGUUAGGUCUUCCUGGAUACAAAGAAAAAGCUUCUUGGAGAAGAAAACGGGGAGCUCAGCAGACUGGCAAUCAAAAAGACUUGGCUGCCGCCUGGCUGUUCUGAGACAGCCCCUUGCGGGCCCGCAGAGGUUGCAGGCAUGUGGGAGGCCGCCACUCUUCCAGCACAUAUGGCUUCCAUUAGCCGCCAUUUGCUAGGAAACAUAAUUAAGGGUUUAAGACUUAACCAUUUGUGCUGGGUGUGUGUUUUUCUCGUCUGUUUGUCUUUCACAAACAAGACUAUCUGUUAGUCAUAGGGGUUGUUAAGAGUCUGAUGUGAUCCCUACGCUACCCAGUAACAAGUAUUAUGUUUAGAUAUUUAUGGGGGGUGUCUUCAGUAUUGUCCAUACUGGAAAAACUUAACAUGAUAAAUAGAUCGCCAUGCAGCUGACCACCAGCCUUCUUCCCUUGGGGAGUGCUUAGAAGGGAAGAGGUAUUUCAGCUGCGGGUGAUGAAAUUAGAUUUCUUUACUUGCUGUGAAAUUGAAAGCAGUUAGAUGGGAGUAGAUGGAACCAAGGAAAAUACAAAUCUCCCAGCCUGGGAUCACCUAAAUGAGGAAUGUCAUCAGCCCUUCGCGGCAAAGAAACGCACUGUAAGAUGCUUCCCAAACCUCCUCUCCGCCAGAGGACAAGCCUCACCUUGUCCUGCCGAGGGGUCCUAUGACGAAUCCCCACUGUGCAGCCUUCUGGGGAUCUCA